CCACAGGUGUCGAUCGACGAUGUGCGCACGCGCAGUCCGCUUCUACAGGCUUUGGAGGUUCAAACGUAAGAUAAGGACGUUUAGGAAGAUAUUCCGCUAAGAUGACGAGAGUAUUUCUUGUAUUUGUGAUUGGAUUGCUGGUAUCAAGAGACUGUUCACCACGUAGUCUUCCCGAAGAAGACUCAGUGGUGAGCGUCUACACCACGCAAGCCAAUUCUCACUCCAGCGUUGAUGUCUACCACCAGAUCGCGAACAACAUUGCAGAGAGGAUUACAUCGCCAAUAUACAGAUUUCUAGGAAUCGGCCAGAACACAACACAAUCUACACCAACAAAACGACUAUGGGACAAAAUAGAACUUCUUGAUGACGGAGCCGAAGACGCACCAAAAUCAGCCACAGCACCCAUCAACAACGAUAUAUCAAAUGACAAAGAUGUAGAGGAACUCUCAGCAGAUGCACUAAAGAAGAUAGAUAAAAAACCUGAAAAGAUAACCCUGUAUUCCAGUUAUCUACCACCUGUAAAGGGAAAUAUAGAAUUGAAUGAUACUGCUUAUGAUGAUGACAACGUGGAAUCAUUUGGUUUGGAUGAUGUUGACGAUGAAGAAGUGAAACCAAAACCAAAGGAUGGAUUUUUCGUAUUUGCGAUAGAGUUUAUUGGUAGUCUGAUACAAUUGAUAUACGGCAGUGUUGUGACUUUGUUCACGCCGAAAAAAUCAAGUUAAGUCGCAAAAAAAAUCCAUAAACUAAGAUAUUAUGAGUGAUUUAUAAAAUUAUGAGUAUGUUAUAAAUAUGUUGUAAAUAUUUAUUUAUGACUGAUGUUUCUCCAUAAAAUGCUAAUGAUGAUUUUUGAUUGACUGUUUUUUUUAAAUGAUUCUCUUUUAAAUAUAUUUUGAACCGAAACAAAA